CGCCCCCGCGCGUUCCUGCGCGGAGAGACAAAACAUGGCGCUGCUAGGCCGGGUUUUCGCCCCUGGACACGGUCCUCGGCGGUUUUUCACUUAUGGAACAAAAAUAUUGUAUCAAAGCACUGAAGCUUUUCCGUCUAAGUCCUUCCCACCCUUUCAAAAAGUGAUGCUGCCACCAAAUACUUUUCAAGGAAAACUAGCAUUCAUUACCGGGGGAGGAACUGGCAUUGGUAAAAGAAUGACAACUCAUCUGUCCAGCUUAGGUGCACAGUGUGUGAUAGCCAGCCGAAAUAUUGACAUUUUGAAAGCUACUGCGGAAGAAAUUUCUUCUCAAACUGGAAAUAAGGUUCAUGCAAUUCAGUGUGAUGUGAGGGAUCCUAAUAUGGUGCAGAACACUGUGUCAGAACUGAUCAAAGUCAUAGGACAUCCUGAUAUUGUGAUAAACAAUGCAGCAGGAAAUUUUAUCUCCCCCAGUGAAAGACUCUCUCCUAAUGCCUGGAAGACCAUAACUGACAUAGUUCUAAAUGGUACAGCAUUUGUGACACUAGAAAUUGGGAAGCAACUAAUUAAAGCACAGAAAGGAGCAGCAUUUCUUGCUAUUACAACCAUCUAUGCCGAGACUGGGUCAGGUUUUGUGGUACCAAGUGCUUCUGCCAAAGCAGGAGUGGAAGCCAUGAGCAAGUCUCUUGCAGCUGAAUGGAGUAAAUAUGGAAUGCGAUUCAAUGUGAUUCAACCAGGGCCUAUAAAAACCAAGGGUGCUUUUAGCCGUCUUGACCCAACUGGAGCAUUUGAGAAAGAAAUGAUUGACAGAAUUCCCUGUGGUCGGCUAGGAACUGUGGAAGAACUUGCAAAUCUUGCUACUUUCCUUUGCAGUGAUUAUGCUUCUUGGAUUAAUGGAGCUACAAUUAGAUUUGAUGGUGGGGAGCAAGUACUACUUUCAGGGGAAUUCAACCAUCUGCGGAAGGUUACCAAGGAACAGUGGGAUACAAUAGAAGGACUCAUCAGGAAGACAAAAGGCUCCUAAGACUACUCUGGCCUCCAUCAUGGUUAUAAUGGAAAUGAUACAAACUCUCUAUAAUCUUUUGAGUAUUUUUGAGUCUAAUGAUUGUUAAUUAGCAGACAUUCAUUGGGUAUGUGUUAUGUGCAAGGCUAACGAUAGGUAAAUCUUGAAUAUUAAAAGGUAAAUAAGAUGGGAUAUUGUCCCUGCAAAGAGUUUUUUAAAAAUAAUACAAAAAAGGAAAGUGAAUGCAGGCUUUGAUAGAGGUAAAAAGUGCUUGGAAGUGCAGAUAAAGGACUUGUGAGUUAUCUUCUUUAUAUAGCUCAAUAUUAAUUCAAACAAGUUUUUGCCAGGGACCUAUUUUGUAGCCAGAUGUUUUAUUUGGUAUUGAAAAUAAGCCAUGAAUAAUCUCAGCCUUUGCCCUCUUAAAACUCAUUAUCAGGAUAAAUAGAUCUCUAAAUAAUUAUUUAUGAUAUGUUGUGAUAAAUAUUAUUCCAGAUUCCAGCAGCAUAAAAAUGUGGAGGAGGAAGUAAUUCAUCCUAUCUCUAGAAUUUAGAAAAAGUGAUAUCUAAGAGCAUUCUAUCUCAGCUUUUAAGGGAAAAUAUAUUCUCUGUGUAGAAUAAAGCUUAUAAAAUAUUUUUGUGUAUAAUUUUAUUUCAGUCCAUAUUUGGUUUGACUGAUUUGUCAUCCUAAGUAUCAAAUUAGAUAUCCCAAGUUUAUGUGGCUGUAAUUUUGAGUUUAUAUUUUAAAAAUUAUUUUACUUUCAUAGGAGUCACUCAUUACAUGCUCACUACAUCGACUUUCCCCAUUGCCCAAACCUCCUCUGAACAGAUCUGUAAAGGAAUCUAGUUUUCCUGUUUGAAUUUAUAUGCUAUAAGCCUAAUAUGCAAAUCCUUAUUAUAUUGACAGUUAAUUUUGUACAUAAAUUACAUUAAAUUAUAUACAUAAAUGGGUAAUGUUAGAGGUUUAGAAUGAGUGGGCCAGAUAUUUGCAAUAUUUUUGGCUUUCAUUGGGGUACCAUACCCAAUCUCCAUUUUACCUUUAACAUUAACCAUAGUUUUCCUCUCUUCUAUCUACAUCUUUCUUGUUUUAUAAUUAUCAGUACUUCAAAAAAAGUCCCAGUAGUUAUAUAAAUGACCUUUUAUAAGUUUGUCAUUUCUUAUUUUCUUCCUGAUGAAAUUCAUGAUUAUAAUAUCUGUUUCACUAGGUUAUGAUUGAGAUGAAACAAUUAAAAACACCAUGUAAAUGUAAAAAAGACCCUCCUGUUUCUGUACUUUUUGAUUUUAAGACAUGAUUAUCAUAGAAAAAUGUAAAAAUACAAAAGAAUAAAAAAUUUUUUUUUUUGUC